UCUAUUUAAAAAUCUGCACUAUCCUGCGUUGACUCAACUCAAGGUGAAGUCAGUUCAUUUCCUUACCUUCAGCAUUGGCUUCUGUGUUAGAAUUCCUGAUCUUUUAGGCAACAAUUUGGAAUUUAUACACGGGGCAAGAACAAAUUCGGAUAAUCAGUCUUUUGGAACUUUCAUAUUUUGCCUGUUUUAUCUCUGGAAAAUUGCUUUAUUAUGGAACUUGUAGGGCCAAUUUGUGAGAUGUUAAAGUGUUUAGGAGUUCCAACAUGCAGAUAUAUAGAUCAUCACAGAAAACUCGAAGAAAGGAUGAAAAAUCUUCAAACACAGCUUGACCUAUUAAAUACUAGAAAGAGAGAUGUGGAAUUGAGAAUAAAAACAGAGCUUCGAUGGGGAAAAAUUUUAAGGGAAGAAGUAGAUAAGUGGCUUCAAGAUGUACAAAUCAUCAAUCAUGAAAUACAGGACAUUGAUCAAAGGGUGCAAAAUGUGUCUUGUUUUUCACGUGCACGCCUAGGAAAACAUGUUGCCCAAAAGGUUGAACAAGUGAAGAAAAUUAUUGAGCAAGGUAACUUCACUGAAGCUCUAGUAAUGGAUAAACCAUCUACUAGUGGAGUGACUUUUCAGUUGGAACAUUUAGAAGGUGAAACCACCGUGUUAGAAAAAAUUUGGAACUAUUUGAUGGGUGAUGAAAUUGGAAUGAUUGGAGUUUGUGGAAUGGGCGGGAUAGGAAAAACUACUGUGAUGAAGCACAUAUGCAAUAAGCUGUCAGAGGAGACUAAAGGUCUAUUUGAUGAAGUGAUUUGGGUCACUGUUUCAAAGGAGCUCAACAUCACCAAAUUACAAGAACAAAUUGCUAUUGCUGUGAAAAUUGUACCUUUUCCAGAACUUGAACACAAACGAGUAGCAGCGUUAAUGGAACAAUUGGGACAAAGAAGAUAUGUAUUGAUUUUGGAUGAUGUUUGGAAAAAGUUUUCUCUCUUGGAGGUAGGGAUCCCUAAACCAACACCAAGCAAUGGGAGUAAAGUGGUGUUAACUAGUAGAUCGGUUGAUGUUUGUAUGUCUAUGGACUGUGAGAUAGUCAAAGUGCAGCCACUUUCAAAUGAGGAGUCCAUGAAUUUAUUCUUAGAGAAUGUCGGACGUGGGGUUCUAAAGGUUCCAUCCUUAAAAGACUUUUUGGAAUGUAUUGUUAAAGAGUGUGAUGGGUUACCUUUGGCCAUUAGGGUAAUAGCUGGGAGUAUGAAAGGAAAAUAUGAUGUUCAUGAAUGGAGGAAUGCAUUAAGAGAAUUACAGGAACAUGUAAGAAGUGUUAGGGGCACAGAUAAUGAAAUUUUUGAGCGAUUGAAGUUCAGUUAUGAUCGUUUGGAAGAUUCAAAAAUUCAAAAUUGUUUCUUAUAUUGUUCAUUGUAUCCAGAAGAUCAGAUAAUUUCAAGAAUGGAAUUAAUAGAAUAUUGGAUAGAUGAGGGAUUCCUUGAAAUUGGGAGUCGACAAGAAAUGUAUGAUAGGGGUCAUAGUAUAUUAAAUAGGCUGGAAAACAAUUGUUUGUUAGAAAAGCAGGGUGAUAGAGGUGAUGUGAUGAUGCAUGAUGUAAUGAGAGAUACAGCAUUGUACAUCUCUAGCUUCAUGGUAAAAGCUGGCACGGGAUUAAAAGAAUUACCAAGCAAGCAAGAAUGGGCAAAUGAUAUUGAAAAAGCUUCAUUCAUGAAUAAUUACAUAUCAGAAAUUCCUCCCGACUUGUCACCCAAUUGUGAGACACUUUCAACCUUAUUAUUGCAAAAUAAUGGGUUCUUACAUAAGAUAGCAGAAUCAUUUUUUCAGCACAUGCAUAGACUCAACAUUCUUGAUCUUUCUAAUAGUGAUAUUGAGCAACUGCCCAAUUCUGUGUCAAACUUGGAAAAGCUUAAAGCCUUGGUGCUUCAUGGAUGCGAAAACUUGAGAUAUGUGCCUUCGUUAGAAAAGCUUAAAGCACUGAGAAAGCUGGACUUGGGUAGUACAGCUAUUGAAGAGGUCCCUACUGGUUUGGAAAUGUUAGCAGAUCUCAUAUAUCUCAAUUUAAAAACAGAGAGCUUAAAGGAGCUGCCAAGUGGAGUUCUGUCUAAGCUUACUUCUCUGCAAUGCUUGGUAUUUGACGUUGAAUCAAGUACUUUAAAAAUAAAUGGAUCUGAUGCAGCUAGAUUAAGGAAGCUAGAGACAUUUGAAGCAAGAUUUAAUGACUUGAUAGACUUUAAUUUGUACAGCAAGUCUAUACAAGGUCAAAGGCUUACUUCUUACUUGCUUGUCAUGGCACCACUUGAAGCCAAAUUUGAUGUCAGACCACUUGAAGUAGGCCCAGACGUUGUUAUCAAGUUGAAGGUCAACAUGUCCAAACUGACCCACCACGAGGAACUUGUGAAAAUUAUGCCGAACAUCAAAGGUGCGAUCUCCUUGUCCUUAUAUGGGACAGAGGGACGUGGGACAUGGGGACGUUUGGAAGUGGUUGGUGCUGUGAAGCGUACCACAAUUGUAGAGAUAUUGGAAAAGAAUUUUGGUGAGCUUGUAGUCAAGUCUCUCCAGCCAAAGCUUCCAGAUAGUAUGCCCAAGAAGGAUGUGAUUUUGAGUGGGUGUCAGGUAGGAAGUGAAGAUCCAGUAGUGCUCCCAAGUGACCUUUGGCGUCUGAGUAUUUUUGAGUGCCACAACCUGAGAAGCUUAAGCGACAUUUCCUUGUUCCAACAAACAAACGAGUUGAGGUUCUGUUUGAUUCAUGAUUGUAAAGGGAUGGAAUCCGUGCUUGACUUUUCAUCAUCGUCCUCAUCACCGUGCACCGCAUUUGAGAACCUUGAGCUCUUGUGGCUUGAAAAAUUGGAUAACCUGCGUAUGCUUGUUAAAGUAGGAGAUGUUUCUACAUCGAGCACUGCACUGCCUCUGCUAGGCAUCUUUUCCCAUCUUAAAUCAAUUCGGAUUGAAGGAUGCUCAAACAUGAAGCAGCUAUUUCCAUUUGAGUUCGGACAUGAUCUCCAAAACCUGGAGUACCUGGAAGUUGGUCAUUGUGGAAAAAUGGAGGAAAUAAUAGCAUCGGAAGAAGAGGAAGAAAAUCACAAGGGAAAAGGAACGCAUUCGCCCAUGAUGUUCAGUCUUCCCAAAUUAAGAGAGUUGAAAUUAAAGAAAUUACCAAAGCUAAAGAGCAUCUGUAGUUCAAAUACGGCCAUGAAAUGCGACUCUCUUCGGGUUAUUGAAGUAAGGAAAUGUCCAAAUCUGAAAAGGAUGCCUCUACAUCUUCCUGUUUUCCAAGACACUGACCCAUCAUCUUCUCAUUCUUCCUGUAUAAUCCGUGUAUAUCCAAAGGAAUGGUGGAAAUCAGUAGAGUGGGACUUUCCAAGUGCUAAGAAUAUUCUGCAACCUCGGUUCGUUGGUAAAGGAAUGAAGUAAAGCACCGUUUAAAUCAAAUUCCUCAGGUAGAUGAAAGAAUUGCGUCAAUCAAUCUUGGAGAAACAAUCAACCGAACUCGUAACUGAAGAUUCAUUGCUCGGUUGUGGUUCUAUCUGUGAUGUACCUCUUGUGGUUUUUUCAGAGCAAUAAACUUAGAUUUUGGGUUAAAUCUCGUUGCACUGUUCAUGUGGCAUUUCAACUUUGUUUCUACAUUUCUUAUAUUUAGUUGCCUCCUGUCCCGCACCCCCUGCCGACUGAAGAGUUUCCUCUUUCCGUGCUGACUGGACCCCUUGCCGCUGAUUCUUCCCUUUCCGUCCGACUGCAGCUUUCUCCAGCUCUUCGGCUCCUCCAUUUUCCUGUAGUAGGAUGAGAGGUCUUUGAAGGUUCUACUGGUGAAAAAUGAUGACUCAACUCGCCAUUUUUUUUGGCCUUGGAAAUAUUGGGGUGUUCUGGCAUUUAAAAUUUCUGGGUGAUUUCACGCUGAAUGGUGCUACGGCUUGUGUUGUAUUGGGAUGUUCUACCAUCCUUCAUUUAGUUUGAGAGUUUGAUGUUGUUUCUUUUGAUUUGUUGUUGUUGCUUGUCUGCUGACUGCUGGGUCUGUUUAUUGCUGGUUAACAAAGGCUUAUCAUUAUUGUUGCUGGAGUUUUUAUGCUGGAUUUCUUUUCUUGUUUCUGGUUUUGGAAUCCUAGAAGUGCAAGGAGUUAUGUCUUUACUGUUUCUGGUGUAUCUAUCUAAGAUGCUACAAAGUUUAUGCCCAGUCUACUGGGUAACAGAAUGGCUAGGUGAUGCUGCACUUGAUUUUGUUUGGUCUUGUUAGGUUUCUCUUUGUUGGAUCAUGGUCGGAGGCGUUACUGCUGUGACCUUGAUCUUGUUAUCCACUUUAUGCUAUUAAAUAAAAUGACAUCCUUUGAUU